UUUUUUUUGCUAAUUUACAAAAUAAUUAUGUGUAUAUAUAUAUGUAUAUAUAUACAGUAGAACUCAACCAUCUCCCGCUUCAAUCCUGGUCUUAUCUUUGUCCGUACAACUCUGUAUGAUCUGGUCUCUCUCGACUCCGUUGAAUCUCAGGGUUUUCGAUCUUCAGCUCUUCGAGCUAUGGUUAGAUUCGAUUAAACCCCCAAAAAAUCAAACAAAGUACUUCCUCGACUAGAAACCCUUAAACCCCCAAAUAAAGUUUCUAUUUCUGUAAAAUUGGGUCCUCCGAUCAACACGAUUCGCCAUCAGGGAAAUUAGAAAGCAAGCAUUGAUUGAAGUUCAUUUCAGUUCAGAUAAGGUUUUCAGUUCAUUUCAAGGCAUUAGGGGAAAAACAAUGUUAGGCUCAGGAAAUAAUUUAAAUAGGAGUACUGCACCAUCCUCUAAUGUGCCACCAUUGCCUCAAUGUUUGCCAUUGGAGCCUAUUACGUUGGGAAAUCCAAAAUAUCCUCGCCCAGGAGAGUUAAGACGUGCUCUAGGUGUUCCCAGUACUUCUGAGAAUCAUUCUUUUGGUGCUUCUCAUCCUAAAGCACCGCCUCCAGCUGGAAAGGAUGAAAUAAAGCACUUUAAAGAAACUGUGCUAGAUGGCUCUAAGAAGGCCAGGGAUAGAGUGAAAAUGUUUCAUGAAUCACUAUUCAAAUUGGAUAAGUACAAAGAAGCAUUAACCUCGAAGAAGCGGCAAAGAAGCGAACUUUUAUCGAGUGAGAGGUCCAGCGGAAUAAAUUUGAUAAAGGGUGGGAGCCAGAUUCAUCGAACUUCUCACGACACCAUUGUGCAAAGAAUGGAAGACAGAACAAAGAAUGGCAUGUUGAAUAAACGCAUUCGGACAUCGGUUGCAGAUCAACGGGCAGAAAAUCGGCCAAGUAUUAACUCAAGGCAGCAAAUGUUCGCUGAUAAGGAUGGGGCUACCCUUCAGCCUGCCAGUGGGAGCUCUGGAAGAAUUGAAGAAAAGACUCGCAGAUUGCUUGCCGGGGGUGAAGGUUUGGAUCAAAAGAUAAAAAAGAAACGCUCUGUGGGAUCUGUAGGUAGCAGACUUAUCAAUGCUGAUCGGGAUAUAAAACGGGCUGCUCAUUCAAAGCUGACUGCUGAGGCUAAAUUACGAUCUUGCGAUACUCAUGGUUUCAGAUUGAAAUCUUCAGCUGGAGUUGGUGGAAUCAACAAGUUAGAUAGCUCAUACGAGCCGAGUAAUUCAGAUUCCAGUACAGUUCACAAGAGUGAGCACGAGAGUCCCACACUUUCAAGGGAUCGAAUGCCCGUUUUAGAGCAGCAGAACAGUUUUAAAGGAAGCAAUAAGCCCAACAUGCAACAAAAUAACUCUGUAGCCAGUCCUGGUCCAGUUCCGAAAGGAAAGGUUUCCAAGGUACAACGGAUUAGUUCUGUUAUGGCUCUAGAUUCAGCUCCUGGUGCUCGUCCAUCUGUACCUUUCCAAGGAUGCGAACAGCCAACUGUUUUAGGUAAAGCUGCAGUGUCGGGUAUUGCUGUUAAUCAGAAACGCCAAGUAUCUGUAGGCUCACCUAUACAUCCUAUGACUCAGUGGGUUGGUCAGAGACCUCAUAAAAACUCACGUGCAAGGCGAACAAACUUAGUUUCUCCUGUUUCAAACCAUGUUGAAACUCAGAUUUCAUCUCAAGGAUUUGGUACUUCUGAAUUUAGUACAAGAGCUUCCUCGAUUGGAACCACUGGAUCUGUGCUGGUUAGUGAUGUAGAUAACAUUAGCCCAAAAUUUAAAGGCGAAACUGAGAAUGCUACAUCAUUAUAUGGGUUUUCUGAAAGUGAAGAAUCAGGAGCUGGGGAAAAUAUGUUGAAAGAGAGGAAAAUUAACAGCGGGGAAGCUUCAAUGAACACCUCUCAUAAAGUUGGAGGUUUUGUAAUGCCUAUGAAGAAGAAUAAACUUCUAGCUAAUGAAGGUGGAUAUGGUUUGCAAAGACCUGGAAGAAAUGGAAGAGGACCGUCUUUGUCAAGACCAGGAAUUCCUCCAGUGAAAGAGAAGUCAAAGAAGCUGCUAGCAACAGAGGCUAUUCAAGAUGGGGUGCUCUCUCCUGAGAAAAGUAGAAGUAAAACUGGUCGUCCACCGUCAAAAAAGCUGAAAGAGCGCAAGAGUCUGACUCGUCUUCGACCAAUGCUAUCUAAUGGCAGCUCAGAUUGCACAGGUGAAUCUGACGAUGAUCACGAAGAACUUUAUUCAGCUGCCAAGUUUGCUCGUAAUGCUAGCAGUCAUGCCUGUUCUAGUGCAUUUUGGAAGAACAUGGAAUGCAUUUUUGCAUCUAUAAGCUCAGAGGAUGCAUCCUACUUGAAACAACAGCUAAAUGUUGCAGAGGAGCUUGAGAAGAGUUUGUCUCCCAUGUUUGUCGACGAAUUCAAAGUUUUGGGUGUUUCAGAUGAGGGAUUUGAAAAUUUCUCUGGGAACAGAUUUGAUGCUGUGUGUGGAAAAUCUGAGAGGAGAAGAUUUGAUAAGGUCACUCCAUUGUACCAAAGAGUUCUUUCUGCUUUGAUAGAAGAAGACGAAGGUGAUGAUUUUUUUCACCAGAGUGAAGGAAAAAUCACCUAUUUGCAAUACGCUAGUGACGAUUCUCAUUGUGGCUCGUGUAACCAAAUUGACAUGGAAUCCAAAGAUAAGGACAGAAUCGAAAGUGAAGUAGAGUCAAAUCUUGGUUUUCAGUCGCAGAGAAACGGCUUUAUGGACCGACUUUCUUGUGAUAGUAGUGCUGCAACUAACACAUUGAGGAACCGAGGCUAUUCGAGUUCUUUACAUAGCAAUGAACAGUAUCACGGAGACUAUGACCUUUUACAUUCUGAUGCGGUUCAUGUUAGUGAAAUAAGUUCGAACAAUUUCGGUCAACUACAAUCUCGAGAUAUGGAAGCUUCUGGCUUUCCUCCAUCUGACUGCCAGUAUCAGUCAAUGUCCAUCAAUGACAAGAUCCUCUUGGAGCUUCAGAGUAUCGGUCUAUAUCCAGAGAUAAUGCCCGAUUUGGCAGAGGGAGAGGAAGUUAUUAAUGAUGAUAUAAUGGAACUCAAGGAACAACUUCAUGAACAGGUUGCUAGAAAGAAGAGAAACAUUGGGAUAAUAGAUAAAGCUGUUCAGAAAGGGAGAGAUGUUGAAAGACGGAAAAUCGAACAAGUUGCAAUGGACAAACUGAUCGAAAUGGCCUACAGAAAACGAACGGCGUCCCGUGGCAAUAGUGCUUCAAAGAAUGCUGUCCGCAAAGUUCCAAAACAUGUUGCAUCGGCUUUUGUCAAGCGUACACUUAACCGAUGUAUGAAUUUUGAGGAAACUGGCAAAAGCUGCUUUAGUGAUCCCGCACUUCAGAGCGUAUUGUAUUCUUCCAACAACGAUACGAAAUCUGUCGAAUGCAUUGGGUCGGGAACUGCUAGUAACACAUGCAAUGAAGUUUCGUAUCAAGCUGAUGUUAGAGGAGCAGGUGGGGUUUCUUGUGCAUUCGAAAGGCACGAGUCUCAUAGCGAUAGUCUUGAUAUUCACUCCUCCGAGCGAACUUCUUACAACCAGGGAUUCACUCCCAACAGAGUUCGGAAGAGGGAAGCCCUGAUUGACGAUGUUGUCGGGAGUGCUUCUUCGAGGGUAACUUCUGCUUUCGACAACACUAUUCCCGAGGCAAAGGGAAGGAGAAGUGAUCGAGAUAAUAACUUAAGAAACAAUUCUCUUUCCGGAGGUGGUCGGUCAUCUUUAGACAGCUCCCAGACCGAACGCAAAACAAAAACAAAGUUGAAGCAAAAGAACACUCAAAACGGAAGAUUCAUGGAAUCAACAGAAACUCAGUUCAAUAGAAAAACCGAAUCGAAAGAUGCAGAGGAACCCGGAAUCUUCCCUAAUUUACCGAUCAACGAAAUAGAUCCAAUAGAAGACCCAAGUGACCUCGGUGGAAAUCAAGAUCUGAGUACAUGGUUGAACUUUGAAGAAGACGGGUUAAUGGACCAUGACUCGAUGAUCGGUCUCGAAAUACCAAUGGAUGAUCUUGCAGAGUUGCAGUUUAUUUAGUUAGUUGAGAAGGUAUCAAGAUGUGGUGAUGAUGAUCAAAUGUAUUAGCACACAGUCCAACCAAUAAAAAAAAAAGAAAAAGAAAAAGAAAAACCCCCCAAAAUUUAUCAAAAGAGAAUAAUUAGAAGAUUGUAAAUAUAAUUUUUAGAGGUUUGAAGAGAUUGUAUAAUCCUUGGAUAUCUGAAAUUGAAUCAGUAGCAAGGAUCAUACUAUUUCUUCUCUCAUGAAUCAUUAUAAUGAUUUUACUGUAUUAUGAACCAAAUAUAUUCAAAAUACAAGGCAUUAGGCCUCUAGAGAAAGCAAAAGUUUUCUAAUGAUUUUUCAUUACAAUUUAGUUGGUAUUAUUAUCUCUAUCAAUUGUAGUGUAUUAAUUUUGUGUAACUCUAUUAUUGUUAUUAUUUCAUGCUUUCUUUCCAAUAAAA